CUCUGAGACAUUAAUGGUGCAUACAUUUCUACUGAUUCUCAUUGUGCUCUUUCCAUAUUUGUCUCUCUUUCUCAUUCUCUGAGUCUGUUUAAUUUUCUUUUCUUGUGGGUGUGUCCCAGUUUGUGUGUCUGUAUGUGCACAGGUCUGCAUGCAUAUGCACAACUUUUAUAUGUUUCUGUGUCCCUCCACCGUUGGAAUUUAGGGGUCUGUUUUUUGACCUCAGGAUAUACCUAUAUAAUAGUUUCAUGGAGGUGUAAGUACUUUAUUUUGGAAGCCCCACUUUCAACAGUACAGUUCUUUGCCUGUGUGGUCACAUUGUCUAUACAUUUGUAUGCCUUGAGCAGAUUAUAAGUUUGUGGCAAUAUCUGGUCUCAUCUCCAGAAUUAUGUGUACUGUCUGCCUCUAGAAUAUUAGUUAUUCGGCUUGUAGCAUUCCACUUGUCAAAACAGGAAAAAUGAAAUCAGAGGAUUCUGGAUGUGUGUUUGUGUGUGUGUGUGUGUGUGUGUGUGUGUGUGUGUGUGUGUGUGUGUGUGUUUGUGUGUGGUUGGGUAAGCUCUGUGGCCUAGGCUCUUGACAGCAUAACAGGUUUGAAUGCAGAUCCAGCCCUCCUGAUUGAAAAAAGUGAGCCAGGGAACCCUUUAUCUGGGUGCUUAGCUUCUGUGGUCCUGGGCACACAAUUCCAAGUUUCUGAAGCUGAAGAAUUCAAAUAUGUUGAAUUCAGAAAGUGUCCUUCCAGGACUGGGGUAGUACAGGACACAGCCUGAGUUCAUAUAAUCCUAAACCUCGAUGUUCAUUGGGUUCUAUCUUCCUGGGGCCAGCCCCUACUUCAGGCUAAAUCCAUUUUAUGAAAACUUGAAGAUAAAGGAGAAAGAGGUCAUGUCAUUACUGCACAACUUAGACACAAAGAACAUUGAACAUCGUGAGAAAUUUCAGGAGCUCAAGAAGGAGAUUAACUUCUAUCGCAACCUGCACAGCCGGCUCCUGAUGGACCAGGCAUGUAUGAAGAAGAAGUUGGUCACAUUGAAGCAGGAGAGCAAGGAGUUACAGCGAUAUUUGUUUGAGUUGAACCCGAAGGAUGAAGACGAACAGGAGAAGGCCAGCAACCUCCAGACCCAGUAAAAUGUGGUAGGAACAAGCAGCUGAGUCAGAUUAACAAUGUCUGAUACCAUUUGCCUAUUGGAUACAUCUUUCCUUCCCCUAUCAUCUUUCUAAUCUCCCCACACCCAGUCAGUCACCCACCUCAUGUGAUAGAGUUAUUCAUUGCUCUGUGUAUGCACAAGUAUUCUGGGAUGUUAACCACUCUUCAGAAACUGAAUUAUUGGCAAUUAUACUUCUCUGCCCUUUUUGAAACUGCAGUCCAGAAAUGGUGACAGAGGAAUAACAUAUCACAUGACUGCAUCUCCCUAUUACAGAUUGGAUGCUAUGAAGAGUUUUGAACGAGUUCUUGGUCGUGUGAAAAAGGUCAUACAGGGGUCAUGUGAUGGUUGGAAGCACCUUGUAGGGAUAAGAACCAAGUGAAAAUGGCAAAUGAGUCCUGGUCAUUGGCUUUCAUCUGGGUAUCAUGUGGCCUUCUCCUUUCUUCCUGCACCCCAAUUAGGUCUCUCCCCAUUUCCCCAUUCUUGGUUUGCAAUGGUAGAGUCUGAGGAGCAGCUUGUUCUCCCACAGUACUGUGAGGGUUGCUGGUGAUGUUCCCAGCCUGCAGAGAUAUCAGCAAUGAUUUCAGUGAAAAGAUCAGUGCUGUCUGUCCAAUGCAGCUGAGGGGACAGAAGGCAGCAACUUGACAGCUGGUAUGCAUGUCCCCACCAAAUCAGUGUCUUAAUAGCUGCCUUCUCCUCCCAGGUCUCAGAAACUGCAGGAGACAUGGCAUAGGACGGAUCCCAGGAAGACA